GGGAAGGCGGGCCGGAGGCGCGGCCAGGGCGGAGGCGGAGCCAGCCGGGCGCAGCGAGCGCCGUCUUGGCCGGAGUCGAGGCGAGAAGGACGCGGAGUGAACCGGGCGCAGCAGCAGCAGCCGAGCCGGUGCCGGGAGAGGUGGUGUGCCAGCUGGCCGGGACGCCCCGCGCCUUUCUUGGCUGGGUGGGGGGUGGCUGGGUUGGGUGGGGGGGACUGGGUGGGCGGCAGGAUUAGCCUUUUGGGGGAUCGGCGUCCGUCCGUCCAUCCAUCCAUCCAUCCACCCACCCACCCAUCCAUCGGUCUCUCCCUCCGUCCGUGCGCCGCUGCCGCCUCACCAAGCGAAGCUCUCCAUGUGCCUCCACGCCUGAUCGCAGAUCCGAGCCAAGGGGAGUCUGGACGGCGGCCCCUUAGCCCACCUUGCCCCCCGCAGCCCCCGGAGCCGAGCCGAGCCCGCCCUGCAGGACCUUGGACAGAAGCCGCGCUGCCGAGCCUGCCCCAGAAGCGCGCACCGCGGUCCGAGACCAAGCAGUAGAGGCAGCGGCGUACAGGAGGGGCUGUUGAAGCAGACACCCCCCUGCCUCGGCACUGACGGCACGCUGACGGCUCCCGGCUCUGUGGGACGCAUCGUUCUCCCUGCCCCAGUUGCACCAUGGGCACCGUGCUGUCCCUGUCGCCCAGUUACCGGAAAGCGACCCUCUUUGAGGAUGGCUCGGCCACGGUGGGGCACUACACUGCUGUCCAGAACAGCAAGAACGCCAAGGACAAGAGCCUUAAGCGCCACUCCAUCAUCUCGGUGCUGCCUUGGAAGCGCAUUGUGGCCGUGUCGGCCAAGAAGAAGAACUCCAAGAAGGUGCAGCCCAACAGCAGCUACCAGAACAACGUCACCCACCUCAACAACGAGAACCUGAAGAAGUCCCUCUCCUGUGCCAACCUCUCCACCUUCGCUCAGCCUCAGAGUGCCCAGCCUCCGGCCCCCAACAACCAGAUUUCGAGCUCCAAGAGCACCCUCUCCUCCAUCAAGAAGACCCCCCACCCUAACUCCAACUCAUCCGGCACCCCCAAGAGGGUCAUUGUCCAGGCCUCAACCAGCGAGCUGCUCCGUUGCCUGGGCGAGUUCCUUUGCCGACGGUGCUACCGCCUGAAACACCUCUCCCCCACUGACCCGGUCCUGUGGCUCCGUAGCGUGGACCGGUCCCUCCUGCUGCAAGGGUGGCAAGACCAAGGCUUCAUCACUCCGGCCAACGUGGUCUUUCUGUACAUGCUUUGCCGGGACGUCAUCUCUUCCGAAGUAGCCACGGACCAUGAACUGCAAGCCGUCUUGCUGACCUGCCUCUAUCUCUCCUAUUCUUAUAUGGGCAAUGAGAUCUCCUACCCUCUCAAGCCCUUCCUGGUGGAGAGCUGUAAGGAGGCCUUUUGGGAUCGCUGCCUGUCUGUCAUUAACCUCAUGAGUCCCAAAAUGUUGCAGAUCAACGCCGACCCGCACUAUUUCACUCAGGUCUUUGCUGACCUGAAGAACGAGAGCAGCCAGGAGGAGAAGAACAGGCUGCUGAUUGGCCUGGACCGGUGAGCUUCGCUCUUGGCCAUAUGGAUGAAGGGGAACAGUACAUUUUUCCUUCUUUUCUGUUGCUUUUGUUUUCAAAACAAGCCAGGACACAAAGAUUAGGUUGGAUGGGCCUGAGGGAGGACCGAGACGCCCUUUCUUCUCCACUGAACAGUUAUCAGCUUGGCUUCCUGGAAGCGCUGUUACAAAAAAGAUGGGGGGAGGUGUAUUGGAGGCUUGCCGGAGCUGAACGCCUGUUUGGUUUUCUGUUUCACUGCAUGUGGCAGAUACGGCUUCCUCUCUACUCCACUUAUUGUAAACAAUGAGAGGGCGAGCAGGAGUGGAGAAUCAAGCACAGCAAUGCAAGACCAAUGCAUCUCAAGCCCCAUUGCUUUUGCCUAAAAGAUCUGUGAAUUGGGGCGGGGGGGGACCAUCUUGCACUUCUUAACUCCUCGCAGCGGAUUGCAAAGGAGAAGAAUAGCAUUUACAGUCCCUAAGCGGAGAAAACAAACCCAGGCACCCAAUCCAGGAGACGUUCCAGCACCCAAUAUUCCAUAAAAGGGAUCAAAGAGUGGGAUUUUCUCUUCUUUUUAAAAAACCCAAUUACCUUGCACACCAGUUGGAGCAAAAUGACAGCAAAACAGUAUUCCGUUCCAAAAUGGACUCUUAUUGCAUGUAAACAUGUGGUUAUACUGAGAAGCAGGAGAAGUGAGCGAGGAAACGGCGAAACAUAGACAACAUAUACCCACAUCCUUCUGUCACAUUUACCACUUCCUUCCCUGGGGGCCAACAUCUUGAAUUCUGUAGGGCCCAUCAGUGUCAGAGGGUACAAGGUGAGAUUUGAGGUAAUUUCCUGUUGAAGUAUUCAAGCAAAUAAGAGGACCAGUAUGGAAUGGGGGCUGAUAUUAAGCCCAUUAUCCCAGGGAAUGGAAAUCCAGUUGGUAUUAAUGUCGCUGGCAAAUUGAUUGGGUGGGCACGUGAUAUUGGUUUGGGUUUAAUUUUCAUUCCCCCCCCUUUUGCAUAGUAUAACAUGACUCUUUUGGAAUAGGGUGACCAUGAUUCUGUAGAGGCCUUAUGAGGAGCUGGAAUAAUGGUCCCCUACCAGCUUCAUUUCCCUAGACAAUGGAAGGGUCAUGUCAAUUACUGUUUCUCAAUAGCACUAGCUCGUUAUCAUGCAUAAGAUUUGGUGCUGAACCCCAAUACAGCUCAAAUCAUGGCGCUCUCACCCCUGCCCCCAUCCAGGAGUGGAAAAUUCCUAAGCAAUUAGCUGGUCAGCCACCUAAACAUUUUAUGAAAAAGAAGGGGGGGGGAACCCACUAUAGACUGGUAGGAUGGGGUGGGGGUGCGGGGAGGGGAGAAGAAGGGAUUCCAGAGCAGAAGAAUGAAAACUACACUACAGCCUUGAGAACAGAUUGUGAUUAAAGCAUUCUUUGUAAUAUAAAAUGGCAGCAUAUGCAAAAGUUACAUAGAUUUUGUAUACUGGAGUUUUAUAUUACAUAUGUAUUUAUAUUACAUUUCUCUUCAAACACAAUGUGUUCUCAAGAUCCUAGGUUUUGCACUUUUGAACCCUAAAACUAUGAUGCCAAGACCUACAAAUUUCAGUAUCUCCCCGCCCCUCCCCCCACACCCUUGGCACCUAAAUAUUGGAUAUUGUCUCCUCAAUCUUAAUUCUGAUGCUUAGGAUUUUAAAUCAUCUUGUUUAGCCUAUUAAUUUUCUAAACAGGGAGGGGUCCAAAUAUUUCUGAUCAGUUAGCUUCAGGGAUGGUAGAUGUGUAUAAAAUUGUGGGUGUGUGUGCAGAAUAGAUCCACUGAAUUUUGCUCGAUUAAUGACAUUGUAUAUUAAUUGCCAACAUUCCAGGUCUAGGAUUCUGCUGAAGAAGAGGUCAACCCCAUUUGGUUUGGAGGGGCUCUCUUCUCUGUUGAAGUUCUCACAGGCUGAGAAGUAGAAAGGACAAAAGGUGAAAACACUUUGCUGUUAAGGUGGCUAGCAGACAAAAGGCCAAAUGAGAACUGUUCUAGGGCGUGCUCUUCCCAGCCUGGUGUUAUGGAUGCUGGCAUUCUAGCAGAAGGCAGAGGGAGGGCUGUAUUUAAUGUUCAGUGGGGUAACCUGCAAUUAACGUCAAAGCCGCAAAGCACUAUGAAAAAUGUAGGAGGAACUGAAAAAAAAGCUGUGAAAUUUAAAAAGGUCUAAGCUGAGAGGUUUGAAGUAGACAAGUGAGGCCUUGUGAAUACUAAACAGCUGCUGAAUUUGCUACGGCAAGUCGCCUCUAAAGCUAGGCCUCUGAAUCUGAGCCAUUAAAAGUGAGACACUGACCGUUGAGCUUGAGCGUUGGAUUCAAAGCAGGGGAACUUAGUGUCACAAGGGAGGGUUCCCAGAAUGGAUGGGGAAAUGGGGGUGUAUAGAUUUCUAUUGCAUGCCCAUUUGCUGCUCCAAAAUGGAUGGCACAUGUAUCAUUUCAGCCUCCACUGUUGACUUCAGUGUUCCUUGCCUAGCUUCUUCGCUGGCACUUGGAACACCUUAGAGGCUCAGACUAGACUCGGGUCUGUGUGCCUGAACAAGUCAUUUCCUUACCCUUUAAAAAAAAUCUCUCCCCCCUCCCAAUACACUAUUUUUUAAUAUAAAAAGGGAAAUUCAAGUUUUGCUCAUGUGGUUCUGAACGAUUAAGGGAAGCAAAUGUGAUUGGGUUGUAUGACUCUGUGAGAAAAACUGUCUUGUUCUCUUUAGAGUCCUGAAGCUUAUGUAUUUACUGGAGGUUUUUUAAUAGAAAAAGAGAGAGGAUAAACUGAUAUACUUGAGUACGCAAGAGCGAUGAAUGGAUUUUUAACAUGCUGCUAUAUGAAAUGGAUACUUUUAGAACAAAAUCUAUGCUAAUGACAAGGGAAAAGAUCCUUCUUCUGUUCUUUCAUCAUUGCUUUACAGUGAUGUUGUGCAUGCCAAAAGCAGCAUUGUGCAUCUUUGACAAUGGACAAAACCAUAGAACAGUUGGGUGUAUAAAAAAAAAAUUAAAAUUAAGUCACCAUGCACAAGUUCCAAGCACAUUGUCCCGCUGCCAUCUAGCCCCUACGAUUGUCUGUCAGUUAUAGAUUUUCAUCUCAAGACUUCUAGAUCUUUUCUGAUCUUAGCUGUACACAUUUCUUAAGAGUUUAGUUCUGUUCUGAACCAUUGUUAAAUUUCAGAAGAAAAAAAAUGAACGGAAAAAAGUGUGCCAUUAUUUUCACUUGAAAUUCUUCAUAACUGUACAGUUUUUGGAUGGGGGGAAGAAGAGAAAACAGAAACCCUGCUAAUUCUACAUGUCUAUGUAUGUUGGUUUGGGUUUUUUUUUUUGGUUUUGGGGUUUUUUUUUAGUGUGCAAUCUCUUCUGUAGAUAUUUGUUGACCAAAAUUGGUAUUAUGAUUAUGGCUUAUUAUUGUUAAUUUAUAAAAUUGUCUCUUUUUUGUAUGUAUGUGUAUUAUAGUGUGUUUGUAAGUAUGUGAGGUUUAUAAAUAUGACAAGACAGAGCUGUGUGUGCCUGUAACUUAACCCUCCCCCACCUUUAUUUUUAUUUAUUUUUGUACUGUGCCGAUUAAAAAUAAAAUGCACUGACCAUCCAUUACA